GCAUUUAGCCUGAAGCCAACAAGCACAGCGAGCACACACACUGGGCUGCCAUCAGCACGGCGGGCAGCGUACACAGACAUCGCGAAAGAAACGUCACAUUUCGGGAUUUAUUGUGCCAAUACAAGGACUGAAGGGGGGUAACUUACACGUAAACAUUUCCUUCUUUUUUCCUUACGGUGGUCUUGACACAAAAAGCCCUUGGAGAAGGACAGGACUACAAAAGGAGCAAGUGACGUCGUUAUAAAAGGAGACUUGGCUGAAAUCCUUUAGACAACAAAAAAAAAAACAGCUUCACAGAAAUAAAGGAGUAAUCCUCACUUAUUCUCUUUAGUUAUGAGUCUUGUGGUCGUCGACGGUUCACACGGUCUAGACCAGCAGCUUGCUGUCUUAGACUUGAACUCAGCUGAUGGACAGGGUGCUGGCUCUGGUCGGCGUUACAUUCCUCCUCAUUUGAGAAACAAAGACACAUCACAAAAUGCAGGAAAUGCUUAUUCCUCUGGUAGACAGAGCGGUUAUUCAGUGGCACCAGUACAGAGCUUUUCUCCCAAACAGUAUCCUCAGAGUUGGCACCCUGAGGGAAACCAAAGACACAGGCAUAACUAUCCAACUGGAUGGAAUGACUUUAGGAUCGGUUCCCAGAGGUAUCCAUUCCAGGAGCUCUCAUUUUAUCACACCUACACUAGUGGCUGGCCAGACAGAUGUGAUUCUCCAGGAUGGGACGGCGGUCGUAGCAAUGGUUUUGUCAAUGGGUACCAAGACGGUCAUAUGAAUGGGACUGCAAACUUUGGCCGUGGACCUCCUCGUAAUGACAGAGGUGGACGUGGUGGCUUUCGUGGAAAUAGGAACGGUGGUUCCUUCAACCAGCCAAUGCAUAAUGCAGGUUAUGGCAGUUAUGAGAACAAAGAUGGAGGCUGGAACGCUGUGGUAAACAGUGAUGCCUACACUAGCUUUGGUGGGCGUUCUGACAGAGGGAAGUCUGCCUUCUUCAAUGAUAGAGGAGCUGGCUCAAGAGGAAGCAGGUAUGAGUGUGGAGGCUUUGGAGGAGGAACAGGAGGAAACAGUCGUUGGGUUGAAGAAUCCAGAGAUGAAGAGGACUGGUCAAAGCCACUGUCCCCCAAUGAGCGUCUGGAACAGGAGCUGUUCUCUGGGGGCAACACGGGGAUUAACUUUGAGAAGUAUGAUGACAUUCCUGUGGAGGCCACUGGAACAAACAGUCCUGGGCAUAUUGAGAGUUUCCAUGAUGUGGACAUGGGCGAGAUCAUUAUGAGCAACAUCACUCUGAGCCGCUACACACGGCCUACUCCUGUUCAAAAGUAUGCAAUCCCCAUCAUCAAGACCAAGAGGGACCUGAUGGCCUGUGCUCAAACAGGCUCGGGGAAGACUGCAGCCUUCUUGCUUCCUGUGCUUAGUCAGAUCUACACUGAUGGACCUGGAGAGGCACUGCAGGCCACCCAAGCCAGCACCCAGCAGGAGAAUGGGAAGUACGGCCGUCGUAAGCAGUAUCCCAUCUCUCUGGUUCUGGCUCCAACCAGAGAACUUGCUCUUCAAAUUUAUGAUGAGGCCAGAAAGUUCUCUUACCGCUCCAGAGUGCGCCCGUGUGUGGUGUACGGAGGCGCAGAUAUAGGGCAGCAGAUCCGUGAUUUGGAAAGAGGCUGUCACCUGCUAGUGGCCACACCGGGUCGUCUGGUAGACAUGAUGGAGCGGGGCAAGAUUGGCCUAGACUACUGCAAAUACCUGGUGUUGGACGAGGCAGACAGAAUGCUCGAUAUGGGUUUUGAACCCCAGAUCAGACGUAUCGUGGAGCAGGACACCAUGCCUCCUAAAGGUGUUCGCCAGACCAUGAUGUUCAGUGCCACCUUCCCAAAAGAGAUCCAGAUUCUGGCCCGUGACUUUCUGGAGGAGUACAUCUUUCUGGCUGUGGGCCGUGUGGGCUCCACCUCAGAGAAUAUCACCCAGAAGGUGGUUUGGGUGGAAGAAAAUGACAAGCGCUCCUUCCUUCUUGACCUGCUUAAUGCAACAGGCAAGGAUUCUCUCACACUGGUGUUUGUGGAGACUAAGAAGGGUGCUGAUGCUCUUGAGGACUUCCUCUACCGCGAAGGCUAUGCCUGCACCAGUAUCCAUGGUGACCGGUCUCAGCGUGACCGUGAGGAAGCGCUCCACCAGUUCCGCUCUGGGCGCUGCCCUAUCAUGGUUGCCACCGCUGUGGCAGCACGUGGCCUUGACAUCUCCAACGUGAAACACGUGAUCAAUUUUGAUUUGCCCAGUGACAUUGAGGAAUACGUCCACCGCAUCGGUCGUACAGGACGUGUAGGAAACCUUGGACUGGCCACAUCCUUCUAUAAUGAUAAGAACAGCAACAUCACUAAAGAUCUGCUGGACAUCUUGGUGGAGGCCAAACAGGAGGUGCCUUCCUGGCUUGAGAACCUAGCCUAUGAGCACCAGCACAAGAGCACCAACCGUGGACGCCCCAAGAGAUUCUCUGGUGGCUUUGGGGCCAGGGAUUACCGCCAGAUGGCUGGAGGCGGCAACGCUUUCGGCAACCGUGGUGCUCGCAACACUGGUGGCCAUGGAGGGAACAGAGGUUUUGGAGGCAAUAAGGGUGGUUUUGGGAGCUUCGGUGGUGACAGCUACGGGGGCAACUAUGGAAACUAUGGAGGAAACUAUGCCCAGGUGGACUGGUGGGGCAACUAAAUAUACGUUUGCCAAACUAGCCGAACGGAAACCACAUGUUAUCAUAGCCAGACUCUACCCCCUGUGUAGCUUUAUGAACUCGGUACAUUACACGCUGUGAUUCUCUGCCCACAUUCUAAAGGGAGCUGAUCUGUGGCAAAACCGGAGCAGAAUAACAAGGAUGCCCACUUGUGUAUUUGAUCUAUUACAGCACCUAGGUUUCUGACUUUUUCUUUGUUAAAAAAGAGGAUCAUUUGUAUGUGAAUGCACUGUGCCUUUUUGAAUAUAGACAGGAAUUUAGUUUUGUUAAUUUCGUCGAGCGAACUUGGCCAAGAGCUUAAUUUUUUGUUUUUUGCUAUAAAGGCAUUUGAAAGCUUGUACUUAAUCAAACCUUGGCAAAUACUGGGAUAACGUGACUCGGAGAGUCACUGUUCCAUUUGAACUUCAAAUUAUCACCGUCGAUAUCACAAAGCCAACAAUACAAGCCACAAAGUAAAACACAUCACAGGUGCUUUGCAGAAGCGCUCUGUGAUGCAUCUGUGUCACAAGGGACAAAUCGGUCUGACUUCCUUUUGUUUUGCGCUCUCUAUCCUGGAGAGACACCUCUUUAGGGGUAUGGUUGUCUUGGAAAGGCCAUUCCAGUUGUGAUAUUCAUGACGAAAUAUUGGAAACACUCAGUGUUUGAUAAUUCAAAAUGCUGGAACUUCUUACUCCACUUGUUUUAAUUGACUUGACAGUGUUAUGGCAGCUAGUAAGAACCACAUGCUAGCUACUCUUAAGUGGGCAGCAUUUUUUGUGAACUACUACUUUUCUUUCUCGAAACAACAUUUUAGAGAAGCAGAUGCCAUUUAUUGAAAAACUCCAAGGUUUUUUGAUAAAAUGUUUCUUUACAAAUGUCAGCAAAACAAAAAAUGCCUGCCAUCCUGAAAGUGAAGUUCAAAUGGCUACAAACGGACCACAGAACCAAAGCGGCCGUGCCUUAGCCUCAUGACCGCUUUGGUCACAUACGCAUGCUAGUGUUUUGUUUUUUGGUCAAGAAGAGAAGAUGAAUGAAUUGUUGCAGGCUUUCUUUUAAUACAAACGUCCUCUCUUUUCAAGCUGCGCAGCAGGCAUGGCUCUCUUUUUGGUAGGUAGAGGCAGCGCGAGAGUUCAUUAUGAGGCACUGGCAGAUCCCAGCCGGGAGUUUGUUUUGCGUUGGGCCGCAAUUCAUCAGGUUAGAUGUGAACUUAAACCACUGGCCGAGGAGCCAGUUUUCCGCUUCGGACGGAAGCGGUCGAGUGGAGGAGAAAUAAGGCAUUUAUCGCAAGUGCAAUAGAUUUUCUUCUCAAGUGAGUUGUGCCUUGACUUUCUUUUUUUGUUUUUUAAAUGAUGAAUUCAAGCAGAUGCACUGACAGUAUUGAGAGCUUCGAGUUGAAUGGUGCUACUUUAGUUAGGUCUAGGCCCGUGUGCGUUGUGCCCAUCGAGUUUUACAAAGUUCUUUUAUUGCACAUUUCAAGUUUUAUAUAUAGUGCGUGUCUUGAGUGCAUGUCCUCAAGCUUCCAAAUAUUGCGUCAGGAGACCGGAGAUACGCAGCUCGUUUACAAAAGGGGAAGGGUUCUCACUAUUUACCAGGAUUUAUUUGGGACCAGGGCGAUCAGCAGUGGGGAAUUUAGCUGUUUGCGCACAGAUUUCUAGAUUCUACUUUUGCUGCUAGUUUUGUGUAAUUUAUUAAGCAUUUUUUGAGAAAUAUUUAUUUUUAUAAGCCUCAAAGUGAUUCUUUGAAAGUUUCAAGUAACUUGACCAAAAGACAAUACCUGAACACUGGCACUUGAAUGUUGAAUGUCACCUGUAUGCGUGGAAAAUUUCUGUAUUUCGGGGUAGCGUGAGCUUUUUAAUGUUUCAGACGUAAUGGACUUGGUCAGUUUCCACAGCUGUUAAAGGCCUAACGGCAACACGUCGCUAUGGAGUUACCAAUUGGCUCUCAAAAUUGUUAACGGACGGGGGGCUCGGGGGGAUGGGAACAUGCCAAGGUUUGGAUUCAAAAGUCAUUUAUAAAAAAUAAAAAAAAAGUUGAAGAAAACAAAACUGAAGCAUCAGUGCAAAAAGUGUCCAGAUUCUCCAAAUGUGUGCUUUUUUUCUGUCCUACAGAUUGGCAUUUGUUCUGUUGAAGUUUUGUUUCUGUCAAUGUCUGGCACAUGGCAACCUUGAACAUGUGGUUGAUCUCUAUUGUAUUUACAUAUACGGCGACUCUGGUAUUAGUCCGCUCAGGAGAAGCUGCAAGUAUCCACGCUAGCAAUAAGUCUUAACGUGUAUUGGAAACACUGAAAUCACAUCCCCUGCCCUCCAUUCAGAUGGAAAUAGGAAAAUAGUUGGCUCCCGGAGAGGACACCAGAGCUCCUUAGAUUUAGGAUUUGCUUUAUGUCGUAGCUUCUAGGCUCUGCAGUGCAUGAGAAGACUCGGCUGUGCAUUUAUUGUAUGAUUUUACCAAAAUAAAAGUUUCUGAUGCAAAUGCCUUACAAUCGAGCAUGGUUUCUUAAGUGUUUGAUGUAGCAGAAAUUCGGUCGACUGUUUGUAACUGCAGAUCUUACUGUGAUCUAAACUCUGGAGUUGUUUGACGUUUAGUUGAUGCCAGAUUGUUUACAAAAUAGAAACUCAUUCUUUA